CUUUGCAUUUUCAACCCUUGGUUUCAAUGAAACUUCUUGUACUUUCUCCGUACAUAACAAAAAGCACCGAAACUGUUCAGGGAAUUCAAAUAAGAUUUUUUAAAUCUUCACUUACAUCCUUUUUCCCUUAUAAAUAUGAAGCCUGUGGUGUGCCCGAAAAGCAUCACUCUCUCUUCUCUCUCUCUCUCUCCCCCUCUCCUUCACUUUCUCUUUAAUUAGUUCAUGCAAAGCUAGUCUUACAUCAUUCAUUUUUUUCCCAUAGUGAUGAUGGAGUCUGCAAGUCAUGAGAAAGUAGGGCUUUUAGCUAGUUGGUGGGUUCGGCUAACAGCCAUGCCUAAUAUGAUUGCUUGCAAAGUCUCUGAGAUUGCAAAGAACACCAAAAAGCUUGGGCAAGAUGACCCUAGAAGAGUUUUUCAUUCUCUUAAAGUUGGAUUUGCACUCACCUUGGUCUCAUUAUUCUACUACUACCAGCCACUUUAUGACAACUUUGGUGUCUCUGCAAUGUGGGCUGUCAUGACUGUCGUGGUUGUAUUUGAAUUCUCAGUAGGAGCUACUCUUGGAAAAGGUUUAAACAGAGCAUUGGCAACACUGCUAGCUGGUGCUCUUGGCAUUGGAGCUCAUCACCUAGCUAGCCUAUCUGGGCAGAUAGGUGAGCCCAUAGUAAUUGGGUUCUUUGUCUUCCUACAAGCUGCGACAUCGACAUUUAUACGGUUUUUUCCCCAAAUCAAGGCACGAUAUGACUAUGGCUUGUUGAUCUUUAUAUUGACAUUCUCUUUGAUAUCUGUGUCUGGAUUUCGGGACGAUGAAAUAUUGGAGUUGGCCCACAAAAGGCUGGCAACCAUUUUUAUUGGUGGCUCUGCCUGUGUGAUCAUUUCCAUAGUGGUUUGCCCUGUGUGGGCUGGCGAAGAUCUACACAACCUCAUAGCUGCCAACAUUGAAAAUCUAGGAAGUUUUUUAGAAGGAUUUGGAGAUGAAUACUUCAAAACGUUAGAGGAUGCAGAGUCCAAAGAGGACAAGGCAUUUCUGCAAGCUUAUAAAAGUGCUCUCAAUUCUAAAAGCAGUGAAGAAUCCUUGGCUAAUUUUGCAAGAUGGGAGCCUGGACAUGGCCGUUUCCAUUUUUGUCAUCCAUGGAAGCAAUACCUCAAAGUUGCAACUUUAACUCGACAAUGUGCCUACCGGAUUGAAGCACUUCAUAGCCGCCUCACUGCUGACAACAAAGUCUCACCAGAAAUUCUUAAUAUAAUUCAAGAAUCAUGCACAAAACUGAGCUUGGAGACUGGCAAAGCACUGAAGGAACUAGCAGCAGCUUUCAAGGAAAUGACCAAAUCACCCUCUCCUGAAACCCACAUGGCUAAGGCAAAGGCUGCAGCCAAGUCCCUCAGAUCCUUACUUAAAUCUGGGCUGUGGGAAGACACAGAGCUCUUAGAAGUGAUGCCAGCAGCAACAGUUGGUUCACUUCUGCUGGAUGUUGUCAACUGCAGUGAGAAAAUUAUUGAGUCUGUUAAUGAACUUGCCUUUCUUGCAAAUUUUAAGACUGUUGAAGCCACAGUGUCACAAGAAAAAUCACAGUUGGGAAAACUUGACACCAAAGAAAAAAAUCCCAACAUGGAUGUUGUUGUUACAAUUGCAGAGGCACCCUCAGUUUUACCAGAAAAUGGGAAAAAAGUUGGUAGUCAACAAGUGGAAGUGUAAAUAUUAUAUGUUACAGUACUGUUUUACGAACACACAUGUAAUGGCAAUGACAUAAUACCCACACUGAUGUAUUAUAAAGUUUGGGUAUAUGGAAGCUAGACUUUUUACCAUAAUUUGAAAAUUGUAAAAGGGUUAUCCUGAACCCACUAAAUAAUUUACUUUUCUAGU